AUGGUCACUGAGUCUGGGGCAACCAUAACAAUGCCACCAUCUGUCCCCUCCACCUCGACUACUUCUGGUACCGAUGACCCCCUAACUUCGUCGUCCUCUCUGAAGACCACACCCCCCAACUCCAAAACUGAACCUAAGCCCAUCAAACUUAGAGCAGCGUGCAACCACUGCUUCUCAGCAAAGGUUCGAUGUGAUGGGAACAAGGAGGGCUGUCGUCGAUGCUCUGAAAAACGAUUGUCUUGCGUCUACAGCGAAUCCAGGGUCGGGAAAGUGGUAGGCAAACGACGAAAGCGGCCUCUUGACGACUCGAUCGGCACCAUCAACUCCCAGUCGUGGAUUGUCCAUAAUUCGCUCCCUAUCCAGUCUAUUCCCUCACCCGCCACCACCCACGGUUCAGACGAACCCAACAGGAGGCACGGCAAACCGCCCACAUGGUCCUCCUUCAUCGUCAACAGUGAUCCAGGUUUUUUGACGUUCGACGAGGCCACGGAGUCACUGGGCGCUCUGGAGAUGUCAGACAAUAGGAGCUACUCGAUGGCCAGCGACCUCAGUUUCUUCAACAAUAGUGGAUUACCCACCCCGGGACUCAGUCCUCCUCAAUUUACCCGAUAUCUGUCGCCGGCCCAGCUCGAAACUCGGCCUUUCACGAGACAUUCUUCGUGCCCGGUUGAUCCAUCCAAGUUGCAACCUCCAACUUAUGCCGUGCCAUUUUCCCGCAACACCGAACCUGGCCCGGAAGACGAAGAAACUGUGUGCAUCAAACUGCUCGCUCAUCUCAAGAAACAUUCGUCUGAUGAGUCACAGCCACGGGAGAUGCAGAUUGAGCUGUUGAAGAAGAGCAACGCCGCCGUACGGAGGAUAUUACGCAGUCAGUCGGUUCGAGCCGACUACUCAUGCCACUUGCUACUCUCGAACAUCAUCAACCACCUGGUGCGGAUAUGCGAGCGGAUUUGUCAAGGCAGACUGGAUGAGAGCGGCCUGGGGAACAUUGAAUGCCAAUUCCUGCAAGACCAAAUCCACUUUGAAGGCAUGCCGGCUUUCUUCGACACCCCGGUUGCGUCAGCUGUGCCGGCCCCAGACCAGGACCUGCUGGGGGGCCUGGUCAAAGAAGUAAUCGCCUUUACUUCAAUAGUGGGUGAAUUUCUGAAGAAAAAGCCUGUCUACGGGUUCCAGAAUCUGGGACGGCAUGAGACCUUUCAUGUGGAGUUAGAGCAGAGGCUAAAGAAGGCGACCGUCCUGCUACAGUCUUGA